CGCGAUGUCCCCGUAGUACAUCAGAAUUAUACAGCUUUUGUUGUAAGCCCUUAAAGCUGCAGUUUAUACUCGACUAUCGUUCGGGGCAGAUUUCUCAGCUGUGUUAUUCCGCCUCGAAUUAUCGCGUCUCUUCGCUCAUCCCUCUGCUCUUUUCAUCCCAACAUUACAAAGUACACUUCAUCUUCGAUAAAUCCAAGCUACCAUCGAUAAACACAAGAAAAUGCUGGGCCGAAAAAGGGGUGGAAUCAGCGCCGCCCGACGAAUGGCAAAGAAAAGCACACCGACUGCUUUGCAGACGGAAGUCAACACGGAUGACGACUGGUCCAAGAUAUUGGAGAGAAAAGGGCUCGUAGUGGUCGAUGUUUAUUCCGGAUGGAGCGGACCCUGCUCAGGGAUGAUAAGUCUCUUGAAAAAGGUCAAGAUGGAAAUCGGCGGAGACUUGCUCAGCUACGCUGUUGCAAAAUGUGACCAUAUCAAGGAUCUCGAACGUUUUAGGGGAAAGAGCGAGCCUACAUGGAUGUUUCUCCACAAUGGACGAAUGAUCAAUUUACUCUUCGGAGCCAACUGCCCGGAACUUCAGAGAGUCUUGAAUGAGGAGUUGCAAAGAUUGCAGACCGGAGAUCCUCCCGAAUUCUCAAUGGAAGUGACUGAACGAAGUCCAGAAGAAGAGAAGAGGUUGAGGAUUCUUGAAGAGACGAGACUGGCCAAAGAGGCUGCGAAAAGGGCUCAAGAAGAGGCUGAGAUAAAGGCAAAAUACGAAGCUGAAAUGACGCAUUAUACAACUUCACUGGCAAAGGAAACGUGCCUGAUACUUUAUCCGUGGGUAUUUAAGGACGAAGAAUUUCACAGGAGGGAUAAAAAAUCCAGCCCACCGUACAUGGAACUUAUCGAAGAAUUACUACCCGAAAAUUACAAGAUAGCUGAGGAGUUUAGAAAGCAAUUGGACGAAACGAUGAUCAACGAUAUGCUCAAGGAGUCAGAUUACGAAAUGACGGAAACUGCGAGGAAAUUUUUGCUCGAUGGAAAAUGUAUGUGCAUGCGACUGAAAAUCAGCGAUAAAAAGUUGGAGAUGGACGUUGAAAAGUAUCUGCUGAACAUUCUGUUCGGUGAACCGUCGCUGCCCAAACCUGAUAAACUUCCGAUGGAAGGCUGUUUCGGCGAGCGCCAUCGACCCGCUUUUACACCACCUUCGAAGGACGAUAUUUACCCCGUCGUUUGGGCCCCGCCAAAUUCUCGAAGCAAAGCCACCGUUUUUCAAGUCAUAUUUCGAAACUACGUCGAGAAAAAUUAUCCGUUCGAACACGAAAUGUCUCGGCCACCGGUGAUUGUGUUCAAAUACGACAGUACGAAAAAGAACGACAUCAAGAUGAUCCUGAGCAACUACAAAUCCGAUUUAAUCAACUUCGGUGUUUUUGAACGCGACAAACCGCCGGAGGCUAAACGCAUUGCCAUGUCCAUCGAAGAGUACGAGGAAAAGGUCGAGGAGCGAACGGGGUACGAAGUAUUCGUUUGCGUCGUUAAAAAGAUAGACAGCGAAUCUUUUUUGGCUUUUGCGGGGAUCGGACCUUAUCACGUUAGCGAGAGCCCCGAAAAGGCCGUCGACGAAACUGCGGUUUACUUUCCGGCUCCAGGUCUCGUUGAAGAAGUGCCGUCUGACGAUGAAGAGAACCUUGAAGGGGAAGAGAACCCGGAAGGACAAACAGAGGCCACUGAAACACCCGAAGCGAAUCCUGCCGGAUCAUAAAUAAACGAGCGAAGCUGAUGGCGAGAUUUUAAGAUUUUAAGGUACUUGUUAAGUUUUAACCAGUAAUAGAAAUAGUUACAAGAAUUGAUGAAUAAAAUUGUAUCAAAAUAUUGGAAGGUAAAUGAG